AACGUCGUUGAAACAGUUGUUUCCUCUGCAAGAUUUAUAGCGUAUUAGAGAUUCCGUAAAGCUCAAACAGCACUGAACAAGUCGUGACAUCUUUCCUGUCUUACUGGGAUUUUUCCAACUGCAGCGUUCACUAGAAUCGACUUCCUUGAGGCUGAUAGAAUUUGGGAAGCUGUAAUACGAUUAAUCGAUGUUUAUUCGAGGUUAAAUCAAUGUAAGAAUGCGAUACUUUUACCACUUUGAGAAUAGACAGCACCAGAUGCAAGCCAUGCAAAUGGUAUCGCAUACAGAAAGACCAUCAAACAUUUCGCCAGAUGUCUCAAUAUUUUCACUUCGACGAUUUUACAUUUUCGUUGACAUUUAAAGGCUAGUAAGAUUUCCAAUUUUUUGGGCCGUCGAACACUGCAAACUUCCGGCGACUGACAUGUUGUCUCUCGAUGGUUCGAACGAUCGUGGUUUGUAUUUUUACGAUUGUAUAUUUUUACGAUAUUCUCAAGAAAUUUGUACACAAACGUCGAGAAUAAACGAUCUUUUCGUCAUCGUGCGAUAUAACAAAUUUUUAUGAAUUUCAAGAAAGUUUCAGGAAAAGAUUGGAAGACUAUUUCUAAUACUUAGGAAGUCUUAAAUGAAAAUAGGAAAUAAUUAUUUCCUUAACUAUAGCAAGAUUUCGCGAAUAAAUUUUUAGAAAUUGUAACGUUAACAAAGAUAAAAAGAAAAAUGUGGGAGGAGCUAGAGCUUUAAAAAAUUCAAAAUUUCUCUCCGUGAGACAAUUUUCUUUUUCGUUACUCACGACGCGAAAACCGAUCGCGUAAUGGUUAGUUUAUAUAGUUUCCGUUUCAAAUGUUUCGCAUACACAGUGAAUCUCGAGACGAUAAGAAAAAAGAGAAAAUUCAGCGUCUAAUUUCUUUUCCAUGUGAACCACGUUGCCCGAUUGCGCUUCCUGUAUUUUACGAAGGUGGGGAACACGUGGGCCAGACUAAAGAAAUUGCUCUUCUCUACACAGAUAUCGCAGUAUCUUGUCGACUUCCACAGGUUGAACAUAGCUUAGUGGAAAUUUUGGAUCUCGUAUUGAAACAACACUUAUGACAUUUGCUAUCUAAAAUUCGGUGUGAUAAUUUGUGGAACGAUUUAUUCCAUUUGGAGAGUAGUUUGUUUCUAUUACAAGCGAGUGAAUUACGAAAAGAAAUUAUUUCCCGCGUUAGGAGAAUACAAAAAGCACGCGAUGACGUUGCUACCACCGACUGUAGAACAACAGAAACGGAUAAACGAGGCGGUUCCAACGGAUCCGGAAGUGAAGAAACGCGAUGUGGCUGCCAUACGCGAGUGGCUGUCGAAACAACCUCAUCUACCUAAUCAUAUGGACGAUGCGAGGCUUGAAAGAUUCCUAUUUGGUUGCAAAAAUAGCAUAGAGCGAUGCAAGAUGAUUUUGGAGAGAUAUUUCAGCGUACGUACAGCGAUUCCAGAAUUUUUCGCGGUUCGAGAUCCGUUUGCGCGAGAAAUUCAAGAAUGCUGCGAAGCAAUCAAUUAUUUCGUCUUACCAUCAUUAACCGACGAAGGACACCGCGUAACUAUCUUGCGAUUAAAAGACACUAGUACAGAGAGGUUUUCUAUCCAAGCUAUCUCCAGGAGGAUUCUUAUGGUUCUGGAUACUCGUUUAAUGGAAGAACGUUGUCUAUCAAACAUUAUGGUUAUCGAUCUCGAGGGAUUCAGCAUGAUUCAUUUUACGAAGUGCAGUCCAACGCAGAGCAUCGUCCGGAAGUCGAUGUUGGCAGUGCAAGAUAGCAUGCCAUUAAGACUGCAUAGAGUCCACUUCCUUCACGCGCCUGCUUUCAUUGAAAGUAUUCUAAAUAUAUUUUACCCUCUAUUAAAGGAUCGACUUGUACAGAAAUUUUGCAUUCAUACCGGUGGUGGUGAGGAAUUGUACCCUUACAUGGACAAGGAUAUACUUCCAAACGAGUGGGGUGGGAAAGCAGGCACUCUGGAUGAAUUAAAUGACGCGUGGAAAAAGAAAAUUGAGAAAAACAGAGAUUGGUUUUUGCGAGAAGAAAAGCUUAGCCGAACAAACGAAAAAGCCAGAGUUCCAGAAUCUAAAUCAAGACUUCUGGCAGAACUGGAUGGAUUACAGGGUUCUUUCAGACAAUUAAAUAUUGAUUAAGAUCUCUCGAAUCAAAAAUUAACUUUCUCUAUGAUUAUUUUCUCGUUUGUACCUUAUUUUCAAUCUAAUAUUGUAUUGUAUUUAAGGUUGUUUUUUAUAACAAAGACUAUGUUUUACGUCUAAACGAACAGUUUGGAACUUGUUCGAUUUUUAAACUAGACUUGGUGAGAACGCUUCGAAAGUUCUAACUCAGAUAGCGCCACAGGACCCUUCCAAACUUUGGAACAUGUUCCAGUUGGUAUAUUUUUGUUUCAGUAGAAAUUGAUAUUGCUUAUCUUAUAGAAAUAACGUUUGAAAUAAUGUUUGAGAUGAUUAAUCGAAUAAUUUUAUCAUUAAUGCAUCAAAAAUAUACUGUUCUGCUAUUUUGUAACGUUUACUCAAUAUUAACAAUAAACUAUUUUUUUACAUAAAUAUUUUAUAUGGAAUUUCUUUCAGAGGUAUAUUGUACUAUCUAAAAAAUGCACUGAACUUUGGAAUUCAACAAACAUAUUUAAACAGAAUUACAAAA